AUGGAAACAACAGGAAAAGAUGCCACUUCAAGCAAUAGUCUUGAUUUCAAACCGUUUGUUCAAGGUGCUGAUGAACAACCUAUAGAGUUAAAAUCCACCGAUACUGCAAUUAUUGCAAAACUUCCUUUUCCACCGAAAAUCAGUACAACGGAUCUAAUAGUUCAUAAGAAAAAUGGGGAUAUGCCUUCAAGAUCUCCCAAUGCCUUUAUGAUUUAUCGCAAAGCAUAUGUAGAUGAGCUUCAUCGUCAAGGUCACUAUCUACCCAUGACAACGGCUUCUUCGAUGGCCUCAGCGAGCUGGAAAGUCGAAUGCGAAGAGGUUAAGUCGGAAUAUAGACGCCUUGCAAAUGAAGCGAAAAGCCGACAUCUCAAACUAUAUUCCAAUAAGAUCCCGCGUAGAAAACGUCAACCUCGUAGUAAAAGUCAAAAUCGUGUGGUUAAGCAAGUUCAAGUUCCUCCGACAACUUGGUUGCAGGUCAUUCCACAGUAUCAACAUUCAGAAAAUGACUCUUCAUCCGUUUCAACAUCUGUUAGCACGCCUCUUUCGGAAUCAAGUUCGAUCAAAUUAGAAAAUCUGUCAAAUACACAAGAAAUCGUUUAUAACAACAUGGCUCCUAUUAAUCUUUCGCCGAGUAUUUGUACCCCGACGUAUGAAUUUAAUGAAUUCAGUCUAGAUGGUGCUUUACCAUCCGAAUUCCAAAUAGUCGAUCAAGAUAGCUACUAUGAUUGCAACUACUUUCAAAGUAAUGCUAAUCUUUUUUAUGGUCAACUUAUGUCUGAUCUACAAUAUCAAUUUUAUGAUCAAGCUUACGAAAAUUCUCAACCUCUAAUGUAUGAUGAUACGAUACAUUAUCCUUAUUCGUAUUUCUCUUAA